AUGGAGGAGGUCCUCAAGGAGGCUGAUGUGAUAAGCCUGCACCCCGUGCUGGACAAGACGGCGCACUACCUAAUAAACCCUGAGCGGCUAGCGAUGAUGAAGGAGGAGGUAGUGUUGGUGAAUGCGAGCCGUGGCCCGGUGAUCGACGAGGUUGCAUUGGUGGAGCACCUGAGGGCGAAUCAUAUGUUCCAUGUUGGCCUUGAUGUUUUUGAGGAUGAGCCUUACAUGAAGCCAGGGCUGGCUGAGAUGAAGAAUGUCGUCGUCGUGCCUCACAUCGCAUCAACAUCCAAGACGCGUGAAGGGAUGGCGACGCUCGCUGCUCUGAACGUGCUUGUUUGGUAUGAUUUCCCUGCAUUAUGGAGCACCAUCAUUAGUACUUGCAACUCUAUACCAGUAUUUGAAGAAGUUUAA